AUGGAAGAAGACAAUGAAACAUCCGUAGCCACAUUUACUCUUCUGGGAUUUGGGAAUGACUCCAAAUUUCAGAUUCCUUUAUUUUUGGUAUUCUUAAUAAUCUAUAAUAUGACCAUCACUGGGAACAUCAUCAUCAUUGUGUUGGUAGCCUUUGACCAUCACCUUCACACACCUAUGUACUUCUUCCUUGGAAACCUGUCCUUCUUGGAGACAUGCUACACUUCAACACUGCUCCCCAGGAUGCUGGCCAGUUUCUUGACAGGGGAUAGCACCAUUUCUGUUGGAGGCUGCUUCACUCAGCUGUAUUGGUUUGGCUCCCUGGUGGUUGCUGAAUGCUACCUAUUGGCAGCGAUGUCAUAUGAUCGGUAUUUGGCCAUAUGUAAACCCCUGCACUAUGCAACCCUCAUGAAUGGAAGAUUGUGCUUUCUGUUGUCUGCUGUGCCCUGGCUAUGUGGAACUGCUGUUAUGACUUUAGUAAUAAGUUUGAUGUCACAAUUGAAUUACUGUGGUCCUCAUGAAAUAGACCAUUUCUUUUGUGAAUUGACACCAGUGAUUAGCCUCUCCUGUAGUGAUACAACUUUGGUAACACUGGUGGGUCUCACAGUUUCAGUCAUAGACACUAUUCCUUCUUGUGUCCUGACUAUGGUAUCUUAUGUGUGUAUAAUUGCCACCAUCUUAAGAAUUCCAUCUUCCACUGAGAGAAAAAAGGCCUUUUCCACCUGUUCUUCCCACCUCAUUGUGGUUUCUGUAUUCUAUGGGUCGUUAAUAUUUGUAUAUGCACUGCCAAAAAAGGAAGCUCUGAGAGAAAUUGACAAAGUCUUUUCAGUCUUUUACACAGUCUUAACCCCUCUAAUUAAUCCCCUUAUCUACAGCCUAAGAAAUAAAGAGGUGAAAGAUGCUUUAAGGAGAGCCAUAAACAAAUACCAGGGUUCAAAAUGA